UGUAAGAAGCAUCAAGACUCGACUGAUUUUUAUUUUAUUUUAUUUUAUCGAACAAGUAUACACAGAUCAACACGUCGGGCAUUGUAAUAUACAGCCACAUGUUAGGAAUUGCUCUUCUUGAGUUUUAAUCUCUCUUUGGUGAGAUACCAAUUGUUGGAACCGCCUUUGACAUCGUACAUGACAGUGUAUGUUAAAACAAAUAAUUUAAACUUUUAAGACUGACUGUCUUUGGCGACCAUAGACAGAACUGUAGCUUCUCAGAUUACUUAUCUUCUAGUACUGAGAGAAAAGCCUUCCCAGUUGGAAAAAUCAAGCUCACACUCAAGGCGGAGAUAAACAUUGCUCCAAAUGGAGUCUGGUUGAGUUGGAAUCAUUGGCAAUAAGGAAAUUGUGACAGUAUGAUGAAUCUGCAGAUUCCGUGCUUCGUGAGCAAUCUAAAAAAAGAGGCUUGCUAAACUCUGGGUUUCAGUGUUUGACAGAAUGAGGAAAAUCCACAUGAAGGGAGAUGUGUUUUGCACCCUCGUCUUGCUGGUACUAAUCUGUAUACUGUGGUACGCCCACCAGAGUUUAACACCUAUCUGGGAGACGGUGCGUAUCGAACAUGUCUCUAGCAGCUCUCGAGCACUUCUUGGUGCACCAACAAAAGGAACCUCACUAUCUUCUCAAACUUGUAAUUUACCUCAUUGUGACCAUAAGCCAACACUCCAGUUACAAACCAAAUAUAAACCACAGACUAAAUUAAAAUCUCCAAAAAGCCAAGUUAAGUCAAAGAAAAAAGAUGGGAGGAAAAAGCCUACGGCAAAAACUACUACUGUACCCACUCUUCCUCAGUUUGACUUUGAGGAUUACCUUCGCAAGAAGGACCAGCGGGAGUUCAAGAUGCUCAUUGACCAGCCAGAGAAAUGCAAAGGACCUAAAGGUGCACCAUAUUUGCUGAUUGCCAUAAAAUCAGUAGCAGUAGACUUUGACAAGCGACAGGUUGUACGACACACCUGGGGCAGAGAAGGUGUAGCCCAGAAUGGAUUGAACAUCAAGACUGUUUUUCUUCUUGGAGUACCCCAGAAUGUUACAGCGCUUCCCUUGUGGGACAGGUUGUUGGCAUACGAGAGCCAAACGUUCAAGGACAUUCUGCUCUGGGAUUUUGAGGAUACCUUCUUUAAUCUGACACUUAAAGAAACCCACUUCCUUCAGUGGGUCAACUCAAGCUGUUCAAAUGUGAAGUUCAUUUUCAAGGGUGAUGCAGACGUCUUUGUGAACAUUGAGAACAUUCUGGAAAUGCUUCAUGGUAGACAGGCUGACGAAGAUCUGUUUGUCGGAGACAUCAUCUUCCACGCGAAACCAAUUCGCAGACGUAGCAGUAAGUAUUUUGUGCCUGAAUUUAUAUAUGGUCAGGGGCUCUAUCCUUCAUAUGCAGGAGGCGGAGGUUUUGUCAUGUCAGGCCACACUGCACUUAGACUGCAUGGGGCUUGCAAGGAAGUGGAACUCUUCCCCAUAGACGACGUCUUUCUGGGAAUGUGUCUGCUCAGGAUCGGUCUUAAGCCGAGCCGUCACGAAGGCUUUCGUACCUUUGGAAUCGUGCGUCCAUCGGCAGCGCCACACCUGCAGGUGUUCGACCCGUGUUUCUACCGAGAGUUGAUGGUAGUACACAGCCUGAACGUGCCACAGAUCUGGCUUAUGUGGAACCUCCUACAUGACCCCAGUGUACGCUGUCAUACUAAUCAAGCUCAUAUGGCUGAACCCUUUAAGUGGAUAAAAAUAACACCUAAACAAGCUAAGACUGAAGAUUCCACUAAAGCCGACUAUGACAUGCAAGUGUUUGUGAAGCACUGAGAAGUUUAUGCUGUGAAAUGUAGAUCAAAACUGAAGACUUGAAUGUAAAGGGUUUAUUAUUGACAGUUUCAGCCUGAGAUAAUAUUUCUAAACAACCACUGUGAGCAAGAAUCACAAUUUCCCCACUGUUUGAAAAGGAAUUUUCCCUUCGGCUACUAAUGGCACUGCUCUAAUCUAUAAAAACAAACUGUGGAGGCCAAGGAGAUCAAGAUCAUCAUUUUUUAGGAACAGUAAAGCCCAGGGGAACAAAACCAAUUCUGCUUUAUCAAAGCCCCCCUGGCUAAAUCAUAACGACAGGAAUGUGGAAUACUAUAGAUACUCAAAUUAUACCACUUAUCAUAGUUACUCUAAAUAAGCAUGGUUGUAGACUUUACAUCCUUUUAGCUUUUACAGUUAACUUUGCUGGAAACAUCUGCUGUUUUUUUGUUUUGUAUAAGCCAGCUGGCUGCAAAUAUAUGUUACUAAAGUCUGAGAAUGAAAAUUCUGUUAGGGUGAUUCUCAUGAAGACCUUCACAUUAACAAAGUUUUUCACCUCAUUUCAGUAUUUUUUCAAGUUGAGAGCCUAAAAUAGAGUGUGAACUUUACUAUGUUGAUCUUUUUUUAAUGGAAAAAUAUUUUAAUAGAAUUUUAUUCUUAUUUGAGGCUUACAUGAUCCAGAAUAAUUCUCAUCACCGUUACAGUAAAUGAAGCUAGAUCAUGAGUUAAAAUUUUUUUUUUGACAAUUUAUUUCAUAUUUCCACAAAAUAUCCCAUUAAAUGAACAACACAGUCCAUGACAAUUACUUUAUAUAUUUUUUGACAUUGAUUUAAAGUUACGCAACUCUCAUUACCGAUACACAAUAUGUAAUAUAUAAUUUAAUUUUUUAAUUGAUGGAAAUGUUAUAAGAAUAUGUUUGAUAAAAAACUCAUGUGGACAACAGGUGGAGAAUAUACUACAGAAAAAUGAGCCAAAGUUAUAAUAGGAUGAAAAACAUUUUUAAAAAUUAAUCAUUUUCCACGCAUAACGGUAAUGAGGAGAUAAUAAAACGGUAAUGAGAAUUAAUGUGACGGUGAUGAAACUUACUAGGUUAAACCAAUUGAGUAACAAAACAGGGAACCAGAAACACAAGCAAUUUACAAUGAAACAUUUGACAAGGAAACAAAAAACAGCAUUGAAGACUACAAUGUGACAAUUUGAACUACUUUGGGCUGAAGCAGUUAAUCCAGUCUUUGACCCUCAUCCGGCCGGCCUUGUUCACAAUGACCUUUGAAGACAAGACAGAAAACAAAGAUUGUAUUUAGUUAUCUAUCUAUCUAGAACACUUUCACAGUAAGCCUUAUAUUGUGAUAAUCAUAAAAUAUAUUUUUUUAUUUUUAAAAGUAAUGAGUAUUAAACCAUAACGAUAAUAGACAGUGUAACUGAGGACAGAUUUAGCAACAUUAACAUAAAUAUCACAAAGUAAGAGAAGAGUGAGCAACUGACCUUGUCUCCAUUUUGAAUCUUGUAUCUGAAGUGAUGCAUCAUGGGAUAGCUGAUCAAUUUAAAGGCACGGUGUACUUUUUAUAGGGGGGUGAAAUCAUGAAACGGUAAUGAGAAACAUUUGGUGCGGACAGUUAUUUUGUUUAAAAUCAAGUACCUUUUUUUGUUCAACACAAAAAAUAUUAAUAUUAUGCAUAAAUAUAGAUGUUUUAAAAUAACUUUACACUGUAUUUUUUUUAUAUAAUUAGGAAUUUUUAUAUGAUUUAAAGUAAACAUUAAAAAAAGGGAUGCGGACACAUAACGGUAAUGAGAAUUUCCAUAGAUUUUUUUUGUUUAAUUGAUAUAAAAAUUAGUUUAUAUGAUGAAAACCAUUUGUCCAUACAGUGCUCCCUAUUUUCUUUACACAAAAUAUCAGAGUUUAUAUGAAUUAAGUAUUGAUUUUGGAAAAUGCGUCCUGGACAUGUUCACUGCAGCUUCAUGAGAAUCACCCAUUAAUGCCCCAGCACUGAAGUUGAGCAAACACAAAUGUAUGUAACAUUUUUUUUUAAUAAAA